AUGGUGUCCCCACUUCUACUCCUAUGUUUUACUCUUCCCUUGAUUUUGUUAUUCUUUUUCCAAUUUCGCAGAACCUUCAAGAACCCAUCCCUUCCACCUGGUCCUAGAGGCCUUCCCAUAAUAGGAAACCUUCAUCAGCUGGACAAUUCCAUUCUUUAUUUGCAACUAUGGCAAUUCUCAAAGAAAUACGGGCCUCUAUUUUCCCUUCAAUUAGGUUUAAGACAAGCCAUAGUUGUUUCCUCACCUGAAUUGGCCAAAGAGGUGUUGAAGGACCAUGACCUUGUGGUUCGUGACCGACCUAAAUUAAUUGGCCAGCAGAAACUGUCCUACAAUGGGUUAGAGAUUAUAUUUUCCCCAUAUGGUGAGUUUUGGAGAGAAAUAAGAAAAAUCUGUGUUGUCCAUCUCCUUAGCACCAGGCGUGUCUCAGGGUUUUCCUCAAUAAGAAAGUUUGAGGUGAAGCAGACGAUAGAAAAAAUAUCUAGACAUGCCUCUUCUUCAAAGGCUACAAAUUUGAACGAAGUGAUGAUGUCUCUUACUAGCACUCUCAUAUGUAGAGUUGCCUUUGGGAGAAGGUAUGAAGAUGAAGGAACUGAAAGGAGUAGGUUCCAUGGCCUCCUCAAUGAGUGUCAGGCCAUGUGGGGCACCUUCUUUUUCUCAGAUUAUAUUCCUUUCUUAGGUUGGAUUGAUAAAUUCAGGGGACUUCAUGCACGUCUUGAAAGUACUUUCAAGGAGUUGGACAAGUUCUACCAAGAAGUGAUUGAUGAACACAUGAACCCUAACAGAAAGACCCCAGAGAACGAGGACAUAAUAGAUGUCUUACUUCAACUCAAGAAGAAGCAGCGUUCGUUUUCCGUGGAUCUCACAAAUGAUCACAUCAAAGCUGUGCUCAUGGAUAUGCUUGUAGCCGGAACGGAUGCAACUGCAGCCACAAUAGUGGGGGCUAUGACUGCACUACUAAAAAAUCCAAGAGUAAUGAAGAAAGUUCAAGAAGAAAUUAGGACUUUGGGGGGUAAGAAAGAUUUUGUAGAUGAAGAUGACAUUGAAAAGUUUUGCUAUUUGAAGGCUGUGAUAAAAGAGACACUGAGACUGCAUCUUCCAGCACCACUUCUUGCGCCAAGAGAAACGAAUGAAGCAUGUACGAUAGAUGGUUAUGAAAUUCCAGCGAAGACAAUAGUGUAUGUGAAUGCUUGGGCCAUACAUAGAGACCCUAAGGCUUGGAAAGACCCACAUGAGUUUAUACCGGAGAGGUUCUUAGACAGUACAAUAGAUUUUGGAGGGCAAGAUUUUGAGUUAAUUCCAUUUGGUGCUGGUCGUAGAAUUUGCCCUGGAAGGCCUACGGCAAUUGCCUCAUUGGAUCUCAUUCUUGCUAAUCUUCUGAAUUCAUUUGAUUGGGAAUUGCCGGUGGGGAUGAACAGAGAAGAUAUCGAUACUGAAGUUUUGCCAGGACUUUCUCAACAGAGAAAGAAUGCUCUGUGUGUUUUGGCUAAGCUUCGAGUCUAA